ACUUGCUCGUCCGUAUAUAAAUAAGAAACGUAUCCACCAUCAUCCUCACAAACGCAUUGUACACUGAACAGCGAGUACUACAGAAAUACAACGAACAGAAACUCGUCAAAAUGCAGGUUACAUUGGUUGUAUCGUCAUUGCUGUUAGCCGCCGUUGCGGUCAGCGCCUACCCCGCAGGACAGAAUCCAGAAUCCAGAGCCGUUAUCUUGAGCCAAGAAUCGGGAAACAACCCCGAUGGUUCCUCUAAGAACAAUUUCCAAACCGAUAACGGAAUCAGACAAGAACAAGUCAGCUACUUGAAACCAGGCCCUGAAGGACCCGUAGCAGUAUUCCAAGGAGCAAUCGCUUACGUAGCCCCAGACGGCCAGACCAUCCAAACCGGCUACGUUGCCGAUGAAAACGGUUACCAGCCGUACGGAGCUCAUUUGCCCACACCACCACCAAUCCCAGCUGAGAUCCAAGAAUCGCUCAGACUUCUCGCCACUCUCCCCAGCACUCCUGAACCAGUUUACCAAUAGGACAGUGAAGACGUAGUCCACCCCGGCCCGGCUUAUCCUUAUUCUCGUACUAUAUAUACUCGACCUAUAAUGAUUAUCCGCAACAUUUCUAUAGUGGUUUCCAAGCGCCAACUAUAGCUUUGUUAAUAUUAUCCUUGUACCGCUCUCCUGUCCGUUUACUUUAUUAUAAUCUAUUACCAUGAUCUCGUCAUUGCGUUUUUUUGUCAAUGGCGAUAAUGUUAAUAUUUUAUAAUUACUAUUUCUACUAUUGUUAUUUUAUCUUCGAAUUUAUGAUUAUAUUUUAUAUUUUAUAUUUUAUAUGUAUAUACAGAAUAUAAUGUCAAUUGUAUUAUACAAAAAAUAUAUAAAUAUUGUGUUUUAAAAAAA